ACAAAUACCCCUAAGUAUUCCCACACCCCCAGUGUGUGUGUGUGUGUGUGUGUGUAUAUAUACCCAUCAAGAAACUCUCAGAUAUCUUAAACUCUUUCCGUUAAAAUUUGAAUGUUGGAAACUUGGAGCAUUAAUUCUGUAAUUGUACGCAGAGUAAGCAUGACAGUCAACAUAUCCACCAUCAAAACCUCAUCAGAGGGCGCAUGGCAAGGCCAGAAUCCUCUGGACUACGCCUUUCCUUUGUUAAUCCUCCAAACAACUUUAGUCCUUUCCAUCACCCGCUUCCUCUCCAUCCUCCUCAAACCCCUCAGACAACCCAAAGUCAUUGCCGAGAUUCUUGGUGGGAUUCUUUUGGGACCAUCUGGUAUAGGCCGAAACAAGAAGUUCUUACAGCUUGUUUUCCCUUCAUGGAGCACUCCUAUACUGGAAUCUGCUGCAACCAUUGGCCUUCUCUUCUUUCUUUUCCUCGUGGGUCUGGAGCUGGACUUAACCUCCAUUAGACGAAGCGGCAAGAAAGCUUUCGGCAUAGCACUCGCCGGAAUAUCUCUUCCAUUUGUCUUUGGAGCCGCAGUGUCUCUUCUUCUCCGCAAGGGAGAAAACAAAGUGGGAUACGUUCAGUAUCUCAUGUUCAUGGGUGUCGUCUUCUCCAUCACAGCUUUCCCUGUUCUCGCCCGCAUUCUAGCUGAACUCAAGCUCCUAACCACUCACGUAGGACAAACCGCCAUGGCUGCAGCUGCUCUAAACGACGUCGCCGCAUGGAUCUUGCUGGCUCUAGCCGUCGCAUUAUCAGGCAAUAAAGGAAAUCAAAACGGCACGCUGAUAUCCGUCGAGGUGCUUAUCUCGGCGGUUGCCUUUGUGGGUUUCAUGAUGUUGAUCGUCCGACCCAUGAUGAACUGGGUAGCCCACCAGUGCGCACUUCGUCACGACGCGUGCAUCUGCAUGACCUUAGCCGGAGUGUUGGUGUCCGGGUUCAUGACAGAUAUGAUAGGGAUCCACGCCAUUUUUGGGGCUUUUAUCUUUGGGUUGACGAUCCCGAAAGAGGGAGAUUUUGCGGGGAGACUGGUGAAGAGGAUAGAGGAUUUUGUGUGCAGUUUGCUGUUGCCACUUUACUUCGCGUCGAGUGGGUUGAAAACAGACGUGGGUAAAAUACGAGGAGGUGAGGCGUGGGGUUUGGUGGUGGUGGUGAUAUCGGCGGCGUCUGUGGGGAAGAUAUUGGGGACGUUCAUGGUGGCGAUGGUGUGUAGGAUGACGAUGAGAGAAUCGUUAGCACUGGGAGUGUUGAUGAACACCAAAGGAUUAGUGGAACUGAUUCUGCUGAAUAUUGGCAAGGAGAAGAAGGUGCUUAAUGAUGAGAGCUUCGCAAUCCUGGUUUUAAUGGCAAUCGUCACCAGCUUCAUCACAACACCAACAGUAAUAGCCAUCUAUAAACCUGCUCGUGGCAUCUCCGGUCGAACCCACCGGAAACUUAACGACUUAUCCACCACUCCCGACGAGGAGCUGAGAAUUCUGGCUUGCCUCCGGGGACCUGAAAGUAUAACCUCCAUUAUCACUCUCAUCGAAUCAACCAACAGAUCCCCACUCAAGCUCUUCAUCAUGCACCUGGUCGAGCUCACUGAUCGCUCAUCUUCCAUUAUCAUGGUCCAAAGAGCUCGUAAAAAUGGCCUCCCUUUCAUUACCCACUUUCGUCGUAGACUCGGCUGGUGGCAUGACCAAGUGGGUGAAGCUUUUCAAGCUUACAGUCAACUGGGUCGGAUCUCAAUCCGGCACAUAACAGCUAUUUCUUCGUUAUCCACCAUGGACGAGGAUAUUUGUCAAGUGGCAGACAAGAAGAGAGUGUCUCUCAUUAUCUUACCCUUUCAUAAACAGUGGAAGGGUGGGAGUGAGGAGAGAGUAGAAAAUGUGGGAGAUGAAUGGAGAUUGGUGAACCAGAGAGUUGGGAAGAAUGCACCUUGCUCGGUGGCAGUGCUUGUAGAUCGUGGAUUGGGUGGUGGAGGACAGACUACCAUGGCAACACGAAAAGUCUGUGUAAUGUUUUUUGGCGGAGGUGAUGAUCGUGAAGCCCUAGAGUUGGGGAAGAGAAUGGCUCAACACCCUGCUGUCAAUUUCACUCUUUUUAGGUUCAUUAAGGAAAAUGAAGAAACUGGUUUCUCAACUUCGUCCCUGCAAAAAGACCAGAGCUCCUUAGCCACUAAAAAUGACAAGGAAUUGGAUGACGAUGCCAUAAGAGAGUUCAUGAGUAAAUGGGGUGGUGCGAUCGAGUAUAUAGAAAAAAUAGUUUCCGACAUUACAGAAGAAGUAUUGGCCAUAGGUCGUGGUGGAGAAUUUGAGUUAAUAAUGGUGGGAAAGGGAAGGUCCCCAUUAGAUGUAAUGGUUGAUGUUGCAAACCACCAGGUUGAGUCCGUCGAGUUGGGUCCUAUAGGCGACUUGUUAGCUCACCCAGUACAUGGAAUAGUGUCUUCUGUGCUUGUAAUUCGACAGUACCAAAUUGCAGAUGCCUCUCAAGCUUCAAUAUCUAUGGUUAAUAGCACCAUUGAUGCAUGAACAAAUGAAGAAGAGACUUUUAAAGAUUUUGUAUGUUAGUUUUUAAACAAUAAUAAUUUAAAAACAUUAUAAUAUAACGCCAAACAAUCAUUAUUUAUAA